UCAACAAGCGAAUCGUUCCUUUCGCUCUUUGUCGAGGUAGAAGAAGGCGCCCGGUUCAAGGACCUACGUAUUUCAGUUGAGAGGAGAAGGUAAGCCGAGAGAGAUCUAGAAAGUCUGCCGAUAUAAUGACUAAGCCGCCGUAUGAUUGGAGCACUGGGACGAGGGUGGGGUCUGUGGUUUGUUUACUCCUCUUCCCAAUCUGGCUCCUUGAACUUCUCGACAAAGCCGCAACUCAUCCCAAGAUAUCUGACCUGCCCUGAGAAACAACAAUGUCCGUGGCAGAGGUAUUCCUAGAUGCCCAGCGCUCCCUAGUGGGACAUAAGACACUGGCAAAACGCCUGCGCCGUCUCGAAAACUCUCCAAACUUCGAGGCGCACAUCAAACAAUGCGUCUUCCGACUCCUCGAUGUCGCCAAAUCCGAACCAGCAGGGACCCGUGUCAUCAAGUUUCUCACGGCGUAUCUCGCAAGCGAUGAGGCCUCAAAUCAAAUCUCCUCCACAAUUCUGCUGGCCAUCCUUCCCUUUCUCUGCGCCAAAGACAAGACGGUCAGAUACAGAGCCACCCAACUCACCUGCCAGAUCUUGGGUGUCCUGCAAGCUAUCGACGACGAUCUGUACAAGGUCAUCAGACACGAGCUGAUCAAGAGAAUGAGAGACAAGGUCCCCGCCAUACGACUCGAGGCGGUCAUGGCGCUGGGUCGUCUGGUGGAAAGUGAAAUGGAGGAAGGGGAGGACCAAGAAUCGGAUGAGGAUGUCGCCCCUGGCUUGCUGGACAAACUGCUCGAUGUUCUACAAAACGAUACAAAUGCAGACGUCAGAAGAGCGCUUCUGGUGAACAUUCCGGCUACUCCAAAGACCUUGCCCUACCUGCUCGAGCGUGCUAGGGAUCGGGAUGCUCCGACUCGACGCGCCCUGUACGCAAAACUCCUUCCUAGACUGGGCGAUUUUCGACACUUGUCCUUGUCCAUGCGGGAGAAGCUGUUGAGAUGGGGCUUGAGAGAUCGCGACGAGAGAGUUCGCGGUGCGACCGCUCGCCUAUUCAGAGAAUGUUGGAUUGAGAACUGUGCAAGGACCGAGGCUGAGAAAUCUAGUGAAGCGAAGGAUGAGAAGGAAGCUCACGUCGGCUUCUACGACCCAAGCAUUCCGGCUCUAUUAGAGCUUCUAGAGAGAAUCGACACUCUGAACACCGGGAAUGAGGAUGGUGUUGCUCGUGAAGCUAUGAGAGAGUUCUGGGCUGGUCGACCGGAUUACCUCGAUGCGGUCAGGUUCGACGACGAUUUCUGGCACAAUUUAACCCCGGAAUCAGCCUUUAUGGCGCGCACGUUCAAUGAUUACUGCCGGUCGGAUUCGAACUAUCAGGACAUGGUUGAAGAGAAAAUGCCAGAGGUUACACGUCUGGGGUUUCAUCUCCAAAAACAUAUCAACGAGCUGGUCGCGAGGGUCCAAAACGCCAGUGAGUCGGAUUCUGAUGAAAAGAUCGCACUCCAAGCGGAACAAGAGUUCAUCGUGGAGCAGCUCUUGUACAUUGCGCAGUCUUUGGACUACACAGAUGAGAUCGGCCGGAGGAAAAUGUUUUCGUUGCUCCGACACGCUUUGUCCAUGGCUGAAUUGCCUGAUGAAUGCACCCGACUCGCCGUGGAAGCCCUACGACUUGUAUGUAACUCGGAUGCAGCUGGCGAGAGAGAGUUUACCUCGAUUGUUCUCGAAGCUAUCGCCGAAGUCCACGACAACAUCGCUUCCUCCGACCUCGAAAAUGAAGCAGAAGCGGACGAGGAUGACAGUUUCGUCUCAGCCCGCAGCGAAGUCAGCGGCGACUCGACGCCUAGGAACGAACAAGCUAAGAGCAAGCGUAACAAGCAUCUCACUGACGAAGAGCAAGAAGCCAAAGCGAUCAAGGAAAUUGUCAUCAACAUGAAAUGCCUCCACAUCGCUCAAUGCAUGCUGCAGAAUGUCGCAGGCAAUCUGCAAUCGAACAUUGACCUACGCACCAUGUUCGACAACCUGGUGAUUCCAGCCGUGCGAUCCCACGAGGCUCUGAUUCGCGAACGCGGAGUGCAAUGCUUGGGAUUGUGUUGCCUGCUUGAACCCAAGCUUGCCGACGAGAACAUGCGGCUUUUCACUCUGUUGUUGAAGAGAGGACACGAGUCCCUGCAAGUCAUGGCUCUGCAGAUUCUUUGCGAUAUACUUCUCGCACGAGGUCCACCUUCCUCUGCGCAUCCCGAAUCCAGUGAUCCUCCAGAGUCCCCUGUUGCCGCGACCGAAGCAGCGGACGACGUCCCUGCCACCGCCGCCACAACAGCCCCAAAUAAUAGCCACGGCAGCACACUCUCUGUGCUUCUCUCCCCCUUCAUCAAAGCGCUUUCACAAACCUUCGCUGACGAAGUCCGCGCUACAUCUACGGCGAGCUUGUGCAAACUCAUGCUGUGCGGGUUCUACAUGGGUAACGAGGAGUUGUUUGAUCAAAUCGUCGAAAGGGCAAUCCACGGGGCGGCCAAGGGUUGGGAACUGUUGGAGAAGGUGAGGAACGCAGUUCUCGUGGACAAGGAUCAGAGCAGAGGAAAAGGAGCCGACAAGAGUGGCGAGAAGGUCAAGGAGAGGGAAAGGGGAAGUAACGGAGUCGGCAGUGCGAGAACAAGCAACGAGGGUGUCGGGGAUGCAGGUGAGCGAGUUGCCGUCGCCGCUGAGGGCGUGGAGAUGUGAAGCUCGCCUCCGUAGAGAGAUGGUUGACGCCUGAAGAAUUAAUGUUUACGUCUAGAGCAAUGUUGUGUUAUGGACAGGAGUGACAUGGUGCCGUGUCUUGUAUCGAGCAAACAAGAUUGUCUUUGCAUUUCAAGCCGCCAGUGACAGCCUCGUCCAGGACGAGAGGAAUCAUCAAUCAUGAGUAUCCCAUGUCCACCCAACUUUGCGAUGAUACAUUUCCCCAAAUAGGGGGAGGGCAGAACGCCAGUCCAGAUGCUGUUAG